GAAUAAAACAUAGGGCUCCAUAUUGUCCUGUAGGUUUGCAGAAGAGACAGCUGGAGCAUCUUUAUACACAGUCCGUUGAAGUGCAGCAUUCAUUCCGUGUGGUUGGCCGCUGGUGAGAGACAGGAUGAGGUCGAGCUGUGUUUUGGCUCCAGUGUUGCUGAUGCUGCUGGCGGUUCAGCUGAUGAACGCAGAUCCCGACUCUGGCACUGUUAUUCCCGCUGAGAGUCGGCCGUGUGUGGACUGCCAUGCGUUUGAAUUCAUGCAGCGAGCAUUGCAGGAUCUGAAGAAGACGGCCUUCAACCUCGACUCACGGACUGAGAAUCUGGUGCUGAGAGCUGAAAGGAGGGCGCUGUGUGACUGCAUGCCCAUCAGCACCUUAAACUGAACACAGCCUCUGAGCGCCAUUACAGAGCCACCGGAGAUCUUUCAGCCCAUCACGCCUUCUAAUUAUAUACUUAUUCAUAUAAAAACAUGAACACUAACCAAAUGCAACAUUUUCUUUUCCUCUGUGGUCUAAACAACCUGUUUUGCAAACGUCCUACAGAACACAAGACCGGCAUGUUAAAGUUACAGAGCUGUAUGAGCCAAUACUAUCCCAAUCAGAGUAUUAGUGCUUUAGCAUACAUUUUUAUGUUCCUAUAUUAAAUGUUGUGGUUAUAUAUGUAAUGUUUCUAGCUUGAUUUCUUAAUUUUUUUAUAUUAGAGUUCACAUUCAAAUGUAUGGAAUAAUAUUUGCACAAUAUUACUGCUUCUUUAUGUCACAUUAUUAUGGCUUUUAGUAUUACGUUUUUAAUCAAUUACAAUAGAUAUGACUGACGAAUAUUAGACAUGUAGCAGAUAGAUGUAUUUUCCUGUAGAAAUCUGUAGAGAAAUAAUACUUUUAAAGAAAUUUUAUAACACAGAUGUAUAAUGUGUGUAGGAAGGGUAGUGUUCUGAGAGUGUUGUAUCUGUACUUAUUGAAAAGAAAAGGCAUGAUAAAUGUAGUACACGUUUAGUUCGGCUGUUUUAUAGCGUCAUCAGGCCAAUCAAAUCCCUGAUUAUCAUGUUGGUGUGUAGCUGGGUUUAAUACAGAUUACACAGAUCUGCAGAGCUGUGAGAGUCAGAAAGCAGUGGCUCAUUGAAUGUAGCUGCAAUGGAUAUCAAUGUAGAAUGUUAGUAACUGUAAUGUCCUGAUGCUACUUUUUUUAUGUCAUUCGUAAACAGUUUUCAUUUAUAAAGUUAAAUGUAUCUGAAACAAAAUUAAACAGCAUUGAACACUAA